AUGGAUGCUCCGUCUCUGCAUGAACCUGGAGUCGAAGGACACCACGACGAAGGAUCUUUGCUUAUAGCGAAGUUACCUCCCGAACUCUUGUCAGAAAUCUUCGUCUUCUACGCACAUCAUCCCAGCAUCAAUGCGCUCUAUCACCUGGAAUGGACAAGUACCCUUCUGUCCGUAUGCCGUAGAUGGCACGAUGUAGCCGUCUCGACCCCCGCACUUUGGAGUUACAUCGAGUUCAGCGGCCCUCCGCAUCAGAUCAUCCCGCGCGUUAGCUUACAACUACGGCGCGCCGGCGAUGCUCCUCUCCAUCUCAGAGGCAUCUUUCACGCACACACGGUCGAGGUUCUGCAAGAUACGUGUUGCGAGAUAUGGAACGUGGCGAACGUCAAGGAGUUGACCUUGAACUCGAUACAUUGGCGCGGCGGCAGCUUACAAGAGUUCCUUCGCCGUAUGAACCUGCCCGCCUACCCUUUGUUAACUCACCUCAGUAUAUUAUCCUCACAAGAACCUCUCAACUUCGAGCUCGACCUCAUGGUCGCCCUUUUGAGGACCAAGCUGCCUCGCUUGAGCCAUCUGCGCCUCGAGGGCGUGCCCUUUGACCCAUCGUUGCUUCACAACUUGUCACGUUUACACCUUGGAUCAUUGCGCGAGGGACAUGAUCUUCCUCAGGACGCUCUUCCGGAACUAAUUUAUGCGCUUCAACGUUGUCCUGAUAUGCAGGACUUGAAUCUCCACUUGGGUGGCCACUUGCCGCCUCAGCCGUCUUUUGGCGAGAGUGCAUCCCUUCCUCUCCUACAGACCCUCAGCCUCCAGGGCCACCCGCAGGCCUGCGCUCUCAUGAUACAAGCAUUCCAGCUUCCGCGGUCUGUGGGUAUCAAGCUGUUGUUUGCGCCCAAUUGGCAGACCUUGAGGGAGACGAAUCUGAUUCAGGCAUUGAAUAACCACUUCGUUCGCACGGAAACGCCAACAAUAAGCUCGUUGCUCAUCAAUACAGAGCUCUUCGACGGACCUGUCCCUGUCCUGUGUUUCAGGGCCUACACCGAUCCUGGUUACUACGCCCUUCGGGGCCGGUCACAGACCGCGAACGGAAACGAGGAACCACCAUGCCUCGACGUGCAUCUAUGGCAUCGCAGUCCGGAUAUCAGCCUGACGUUGGACGAUCUCGUUCAAGGAUUGCCAAUGACAUGCGUGACGCACCUCGACGGCCGCUUUGCGACACGUGUCGCCCUAAAGUCAUGGAUCAUACUACUGUCCGCGUUGCCCUCACUCCGCGUCGUAUCCGUGCGACCGGAGACUGCAGCUCUGGAUCUCCUGCUGGCCUUGAACAUCCUCUUGAAUCGUCAACAACGUCCAGUCGCCCAUAUAGUACUCGACCUCCGUCUGAUGCCGGAGAAGACUGCUUCGACACACGAAGCGGACGCCAAGCGCGCCCGCCUGUCGUUCGAGGAGGCCCUGCAGUACAUUCAGAAGGCGAAGCAAGUGGGACUACCGCUUGAUACGCUUGAGAUAGUCGGCGACAUUCCGUACGGGAUGAUCGGCGACGUGUGGCUGGAAGAGAUGCGCCGCAGCCUGAACGACGGGUUUCGAUUUCGCAUGGACGUAGUAUAG